CUGGAGUUACACAUCAAGUGCAGAGCAGCACACACUCCGAAAAAGACGCCUUGGAGCCCUCGUUUCGUCAACAACCCACUUCAUCGGGGAGUCAUGUAAUCGCCCUUGACUUUCGCUGUAUAGUUUAAUUUUAUCUUUCUUUUUAAUUUGAUUUUCUUCGUCAUAAGGACUCAGAGCAGGACGCGCAAUCAAGCGCCGCGCAGUCGUCCUGUCGAUUUGCAAGGAAUAAAACAUUCUCGUUUCCUGAUUCUUUCUCGUUUUUCGUAGGAAGUCAGAAUCCGAGCGAGAGUAUAAAUAACCCAAGGAAGACCAUCGCAUUGACCUCCAGCAAUAACCAUCACGGACCGACGAGAAGGACCUUUGGUUUAAACAUCAGCCUGUUUUAUUCGCACGUCAAAGAAGAAUCGAAAGGGAUUUUGUCACUUUUUGGACUCGAGUCUGUUCAUCUUCACCCAUUUAAAACGGUUUUAGAGGAAGCCCCUUAACUAUGGGAUUUCAGAUCUACUGAGGGCACUUUCACAAAAGGAGGGAAGAGGGGCCGGCAUUGCGAACAAAAGGAAAGGAUUGAGCUUUUCAAAAGAGGAUCAGUUCUUUCUGACUCGGCGGGGUGCAUGCUGCCCCCUCAACUGGACGUCCUCUUUUGUGUGAGUGAGAGAAAUAAAAGCAGGCAUGCGCAAUAAACUAAGAGAGUUCCGGGAUGUGGGACGCCCCAUGCUGGGGCACAGGACUCUUGUGGUGCUGCUGGUCAUGAUGGGACUGUUUGUACCGGAAAUGCUGGCAUCCUGGGACCAGAACCCAAUAGAAGUUCUUGGGGAGGUACGGCAACUUGAGGCGUCUAUGCAGUCGGCGGUGCUGUCAGAUCUCCGCGAGGCAGAAGCAGCAGUUGUGGCCGUGUCACAGCCCAGCGGCCUACCGGACUCCUCCGCAGUGGUGGGCAGGGUGUUCCAAAUGCGGUUGAAUAUCAAAGCCAAGGACUUCAAGAGCACAGUAAAGAUCACAGAAGCAAGCAAGGAUGCACUCCCAGCAUGGUUGCAUUGGGAUGCAGAGAGCGGCACACUUCAAGGCCUUCCUCUAGAGACAGAUAAGGGCGUUCACUACAUAUCUGUUUCUGUGUCCAAUGAGAGCCAAGUCUCCCAAAGCUCAGAUGUGUUCUCCAUUGAGGUGCACCCAGAGGAGCAUGCUGAUACGGACCCUUUUCAGCUUGCAAUCCAAUCAACCAGCAAUGAUGUCCAACCUUUUAUCUGUGGCAAUGAGGAACCCAUAACAGUACUCACUGUUAUUCUGGAUGCUGACCUUACUAAGAUGAGUUCCAAGCAGAGGGUGGAGCUACUUGCUAACAUGAAAAAGUUCUCUGGAAUGGGGCUUCAGCACAUGAAAAUUUUGCCUGUGGUAAACAACCGUUUGUUCGACAUGUCCGCUUUCAUGGCCGGCCCAGGAAAUGCCAAAAAGGUGGUUGAAAAUGGUGCCCUUUUGUCCUGGAAACUUGGCUGCAGUCUGGAUCAAAGCAGCAUUCCUGAUAUCAGUAGUGUUCAAGUUCCAGCAAAAGAGGGGACCAUGUCUGAACAGUUAGGAUAUCCAGUGGUUGGAUGGCAUAUCGCUAACAAGAAGCCUCAUGUGCCCAAAAGGGUGCGAAGGCAGCUGAACAACACCCCCACCCCAAUACCUUCAUUACUCCCCCCAACAACUUACCCUGAGCCCCCCAUCCGUAUUGUUCCCACACCAACCUCACCUUCUAUAGCUCCUACCUCAGAUAGUUCUGCCCCACCUGUUCGUGGUCCUGUGCCACUGCCUGUGAAACCCACCAUUCGAACCCAAAAUCAAAUUGCCUACACUCCAACCUUAGGUCCACCUCAGCCUACGAGAAUAAUGGACACCACCAGCACUAUUGCCAUCCAGCCCACCGUUACCAGGCCCAUUUAUGUUGGGCCCUCUGUGACCCCCGCAACACCCACCACCAGGAAACCAACAAAGAGACCUGGAAAAAAACAAAAGACUACACCUAUACCAAGAGAACCUAAGACUACUACAACAACAAGACGCACCACUCCCUCAGUUGUGCUGCCUGAUGGCAAUAUUAAACCACAGUUGCGUAACCCAAUUGAUCAGGUGAAUGCCUAUGUUGGCACAUACUUUGAGGUAAAGGUUCCAUCGGAUACAUUUUUCGACAAAGAGGAUGGAACUACAGAUAAGUUGAGGCUCACCUUGCGCAAGGGCAAUGAUGUGGUUGGUGAUGACUCUUGGAUACAGUUCAAUAGUACAAGCCAGUUACUCUAUGGAUUACCAGACCAAGAACAUGAAGGAAAACACGAGUAUUUCAUGCAGGCAACUGACAAAGGAGGUCUCUAUGCAAUUGAUGCCUUUGAGGUCCGUGUCAAUCGCUGGGGAAACAACGUCAAGCCACCAGUGCUGUUUACAGCAGUAUUUGAUGGGGAUGCACAUACAGUGACCAAUGACAUUCAGAAGAAGAUCCUUCUUGUCAAGAAAUUGGCCCAAUCAUUCGGUGAUCGUAACAGCAGCACUGUUACAAUGAAGAACAUCAUCAAGGGCUCCAUCAUAGUGGAAUGGACUAACAACAGUCUUCAGCACAGCCCCUGUCCGAAAGAACAAAUACAGCAUUUGAGCAAAAGGAUCUCGGAUCAUGAGGGUAGACCUUCUUCACAGUUCAGAUAUGCCAUGGAACCAGACUUCAAGCCCUUAAAUAUCACUGUCAGAGGCACAGGAACAUGCCGUAACUACAUGUUUGUCCCGGCAGGUGAGAUUCCAGAUCCAACUCCUUCUUCUGUUACUCCUGCCAUGGGGGCUGGAAGACAGAGUACAGAUGAUGUGUACCUUCACACAGUCAUACCUGCUGUGGUGGUGGCAGCUAUUUUGCUGAUAGCGGGAAUCAUUGCCAUGAUCUGCUACCGUAAGAAACGCAAGGGCAAGCUGACUAUCGAAGACCAGGCAACUUUCAUUAAGAAAGGAGUGCCCAUCAUUUUUGCAGAUGAGCUUGAUGACUCCAAGCCACCCCCUUCUUCCAGCAUGCCCCUUAUCCUUCAGGAGGAAAAACCUCCUCUUCCACCUCCAGAGUAUCCCAACAUGGCUAGUCCAGAGACAACACCUCUCAACCAGGACCUUUUGGGAGAGUAUACACCUCUACAUGAUGAGGAUCCUAAUGCCCCUCCUUACCAGCCUCCGCCACCCUUCUCUGUCCCAAUGGAGGGUAAAGGAUCUCGCCCCAAGAACAUGACCCCCUACAGAUCCCCACCCCCUUACGUGCCACCCUAAUGUUUGUAGAACCCUCCAGAGCAGGAGGAUGGGGAACUUUGUAGUUCCGCACCAAUGUUGUCUCUUUGCAUUACAGGAUUUUUAAUGGGGAUGCUGCAAAUCAGGGUUUGGGGUGUUUUUGUUAAACAGGACACUUAAAGGAGUGGUGGGAGGUGUGUGUGUGUGGGGUGGGGGGUGGGGGCAUUCCAAGGAGAUGGAUGGCCUGCAAAGGACAGUAUGAACAACCUUAGCCUCUGACUACUCUGGUUAUUGCUAACUGUUGGGGAUGUACCCUCCAGUCCUGGCGCUUUUGUGUCUAGAUGGGCUUUUCGACUAUUUUUUUUUUUUUAUGUUUGUUUUUUUUGACUCCGAAUCAAACUCCUUGCCUAACAGCACUCUUUCUACCUUCUGAAUUCAUUAAUCUUGAAUAAUAUAAGCAGACAAUAAAACUGACUGCAGGUGCAAAAGGUUUCAUAGAGAAAUUCAAUAACAGAGGGCGAAUAAAAGAAUGGCUUCGAGAGACUUGGACAGCCAUGCAGACAGUUUUGUGGGAUGUCGAUUCAUUAUGGUUUUGCCUUUUAACACAAAAUUAAACUUUUUUUUUUUUUAUUGUUUUUCACAUGUCUAGUUAAAAUCAGUACAAGAAGAGGUAGCCAAAACGAGAGAUUUGUUUAAUUCACUGUAUAUUUGAAAAUUGUUAUGCUAGAUCAUCUUCAUUUAAUUUUUAUUAUAAAUAUAUAUUUUUUACUUUCUUUUUUCUUUUUUUUUUUUUUUUUUUUUUUUGGAAGUAUUACACUGAAAUGAACUAUUUCCCACCCCUCAAUCAUGAAAAUACAAAUAUUAACUCACUGCAAACAUAUCACAGUGGUUCUGACUUGAGAUAUAUACAUAUAAACUGACUUGAGAGAUAUUCUAUAUACUGUAGCCUCUCGCCAGCCACGUGACACUUUUGGAGGAGGUAGUCUCGUGAGUGUCGUCUAUGCAGAUUCUGCCUUUGACCUGACAGGCUAGAGCCUGAUAUUGAUCAAACUUAAUCGUAUUUCCCAUAGGCUAUUAAGAAAUCUUGCAAUUUAAAUUGGAUGUACAAGUUCAUGGGGUCAUUUAAUCCUUAAAGUCCUCAAGUCAGAACCAUCUAUAUACUGUUUCACCAGUUAAACUCAAGCUACUGAUAGUCACUGAGACGAAUUGCUGAAUUUCAAAGACUCAGUUUAAGCAGCUCAAGCUUGACUUUCAGACGUUUUGUAGUAUGUUUCGUUUUCUUUUAUUAUUAUUAUUAUUAUUAUUAUUAUUAUUAUUAUUAUUUUUAAAUAUAUAUGUCAGUGAUGAUUAUGGAGUAUAUGCCUUGGAUCCACUCAAAAUAAUUCAAAAUAAAGACUGAAGAUUUUGAAUAAGUCGACCCAUUCUCUACACAAUGGCAUCGUUUAUUAAAUGUCCUGACAUAAUUAUAUAUUUGCAGUUGAAUGCCAUAUUUUGCCUUGGUGGUAUCGCAGCAAGUGUCUUCUGUACAUACUAUUCUGCCUGUGGAUAUAUCUGUAUUUAUAGUCUAAAAGUGUGUAAAUCGGAUAUGAUACAAAAAAAAAAAAAAAAGAGAGAAAAAUAUUUCUGUAUGUUUUAGAUGGGGGUGAAUAUUUUUUAUAUAGUUAUGGUUAUAAAAAACAAAAACAUAUUUGAGCAAAAAUCUGCAGGAAAAAGGGGUAAAAACAAAGAACUGGACAAAAUCUAGAAAAAACUAUCAAAAAAGAUUGAUAAAUCAUGAUCUAAUUUUUUACAAAGAUUUUGAUACAGCCUCAAAUUGUUUAUUAAGAACAGUAAAUAUAUAGUGUACUGCAAUUUGUAAAACCUUAGUCUUGGUAAUCAAUUCAUUAUAUAGCUUUUCCUCAUGGAUGUUUUUUUUUUUUUUUAAACAGGCGGAUAGUGCUGCUCCUUGUAAUAGCCUAUUUUUUCUGAUUUGUUUUAUGCUCAUUUGUUCUGAGUUUUGAGUUUUAAAUUCAGAAGUGACAAUUGCAAUAAUAAAGGUGUGAUGUAGUCAUGGCUGGUCAGUAUGAAAAUAUGGUAGUGUGCAAGAUCUGUGUGAUACCACCUCAAGUCUGAGAACCCCUUGAAUCAGAUGUUUUGCUUCAGAGGAGGUUUUGUCUGGUUGUAUUUUCUGGUUGUAAUCGUAAUUCAUGUUUUAAUGCUUCCAUUUACCCUAUAUACAUUUUUCAGACCUAAAUCAAUUUAGGUUGGAUUUGAUAUGUUUCUUUGGUACGUACCAACAGUUUGAAGAUUGAAAUGUCUUGCUAAAAAUCAGUAGGAUUGAGGUAUAAAGUCUUUUUUCAUGCACCUAUAACAUUAAAAAUGCUGUCGUUAUUUAUUCACUCUUAUUAAAACCUGUAUGACUUUUUUUUUUUUUUUUUUUUUUCUUCUUCGUCUUCUUCCAUGGAACACAACAGGUAAACUUUUAAAGAAUAUUUUUGUCAGUCUUUUCUGUAUAUUGAAUGUGAAUGGGGACUGGAUUUGGCAAGAUCCAAACUGACAAAGCACCAUGAAAGUAUCAUAAAAGUGGUCCAUAUGACAGUGGUAUAUAUACGAUGGUAUAAACAAUGCGGUAUAUUAUUAGCCAUAAAAUAGCUUUGUAUUAGGAACAGACUAAAAUUAAACUGAGCUAGCUCUCCUUGGCGUGUUCAUGAGAGCAGCAGCAUUCCUGUUUGAUACAUGAAUGAAUCGGAUGUGUUGGAUCUUUUCAAUGAACCGAUUGAUCCAGUUCGCAAACCCUUCUGAAUGAUUUGUUCACAAAUGUAACUGUUCUGGCUCUUGGGUUCAAUUCACUGACUCUGACAGUUCAGGGGAUGAUUAUAAGUGACUAAUAACUUAAAGAGCACCUAUUAUGGUUUUUCAAAUAUUACCUUUCAUGUUGUGUGUUAUAUAGCUGUUUGUGAAUGUAAAAAAGUCUGCAAAGUUUCAAAAAUCAAAGUGCACGACAAAUGGAGUUAUUGACUCCCAAAAGAAAGAACCGAUUCUGAACACCUGAAACGAGUCGUUAGUAAUUCCAGACUUACUUCCUGUACUAACAUAUGUAAUUUGGUAACAAAUGGAGACCCGCUUCUGGUCUUCAUUGGCUGCUCGCGAACAGCUUUGACCCGCUCUCAAACACUACACUAAGCGGUAGACCAAUCACAACAGACUGGGACAUCUGACCAAUCAGAGCAGAGUAGGCUCUCUGAAAGGAGGAGUUUAGAAUGAAUCCUUUAGAACGGAUCAUUGAACGAGUCGUUUUUGACACUGGGAAAAAAAAAGGUAAUGCUGCAGUUUAAAUUUUUUAUUUUAUUUUUUUAUUUUUUUUUAUCUUUGAUGCAUGUAAAUCUAUUGUAUGAGACCUGUAAAACAAAAUUAGGCACAUUUAAAAACCGUAAUACGUGCUCUUUAAAUUUCAGUCUGUUCCUCGCACAAAGCUAUCAUCUGACUUGGAAUAUAGCAGAGAGAUAACUUAUCAUUUUUUUUUAUUGUGCUUUGGUGAACUUUUUGAAGCUUGAAAGCCUCAGUGCCUAUUCAUUGAAAUUGAAUGGCAAAGAGCUAUUACAAAUGUUCAGAAUUUCUUCUUUUUCGUUCCAUGGAAGAUUUGUCUUUGUUUGGCAAGACAUGGGGGUGAGUAAAUAAUAGCAUUUUCCUUUUUGGGUGAAUUGUCCCUUCAAAGACUUUCUUUAAGGGUGCUGGUUUAAUGUAUCAUUAUCUCAAACAUUCACUACAUCUUGAAACAGCAUUUACAAACUACCCGGAGAACGCAAACCAAAAGAAGAAAGUAAUUGCUUAACGUAGUUCUUUUUCGUGGCCUUUUUAAUGGUUUGUUUUGUGUUGCAUUGUUAAACUACAUUAUUUAUACAUCAUCAAUGUAGCACUGAGUCUGUUGCAGUACAACUUACUUUCUCAUUAGCACAAUUCUGAAUAAAUGUUUUAGGUGAAAAAACCAAAGAUGCAGAUUACGAAAUGGCUGUCAUUUGCUUACAUUGAGUCUGCUGCUUUACAACUUUACAUUCUUCACUUACCAUGUCAAAUAAAUAAAAGAAAUGACAGAUAUCAAAUGAAAACAAUACUUAUCCCUCUAACCCAUUCAAAAAUGUUUCCUGUAGACCACAAGCUCGGUGUUGUCAAAGUUACAGAGCAUAUUAUUACAUAUGUCUAUUCUGUAUGGCUAUUUUAAAUCAUCCCUAAAAUGAGGAUUUAUUUAAUCCAACCUGAUCAGAAUGUUGGCGAAUGUAGGUUUUUGUUUGUCGAAUCAAAUCAGCCUUCAUUUAUGUACAGCAUUCCAGUCUAUUCCUUUUAAACUGGAAUAUCAAACUUUUAUAUUUGAUGUUGAUGAUACUAUAUCUAUAGAAGAGGGUGGUAAAAUAGGGGAAACCGGUCAAUAUGUUUUUAUUUUGUAUAUGAGUUAUGUAAUUGAGCAAGACCGAAUCAUUUCUAUAUUGUUUUAUGCUCGUUAUUCAUUUUUAACAUUUUGUCCAAGUUUUAACCAUGUUAUAAGGUCUGCAAGCUGUAUUGCAAAGAAAAGUCAAACUGACAAAAUAUUGAAUUUGAACUGUUAAGCAAUGAAUUUAUAAAGGUGCUGCCACUGACCUUGGGGCCAGGUGUGACAGUGAUACGGAAAAUGAGACCAUUUUAUGCUAUUCGAGUUCUGACAAAUUGUGCAGGUACUGUGAGAACAUGCAGGCUAGUACAGAAUACUACACAAACGUAAUGAGAGAAAAUUCUUCAGUCAUUCUCUUUCAUGUUAAACAGCGUUGGUUAAUUUAUGCCACCAGACACUGUAUGUUUGAAUCUUGUAUUAAAAAGUGUUCUCACCGGGA